AUGUCUUUGCAGACCAAGCUAGAACAAGCAUCGGGGGAGUUUCAGAAGCUGCAGGUCGAUCUCUCGAAAGCAGUUGAGGCAAGACAGCGUCUUGAUGCCCAAUUAUCGGAGAAUGAGUUGGUGAAAAAGGAAUUCGCCCAACUAACGCCCGACAACACGGUCUACAAGCUCAUGGGACCUGUGCUAGUCCAACAAGACCAGGCUGAAGCCAAAAGCAAUGUCGAUACUCGGCUCGACUUCAUUCGCGGUGAGAUUCGACGCGUCGAGGGGCAGAUAAAAGAGAUUCAGGAGAAGCAAGAGAAAAAGAAGGGCGAGCUUGUCCAGCUUCAGACAGCCCUACAACAGCAAUCAUCUGCACCUCCUGCACCAACAGCCGUGUAA